CCGGUAGACUUCACAAAAUCUGUCCAUCACACUUCAAACAGGAAACACACAGUAUCUUUAAAACAGACUUUAAGAAGCUUGUUUCAGGCAAACAUGGAGCGCACUAAACAGACACAAAGUGACACGGCAGGUACAGAAACCGCGAUGAACGGGCUGCACCUUGACGCGCGGGUGAAACUGCCCGGCGGGAGCGCGAGCGCCGCGUCUCCCUCCGUGAUGGAGAGCUGGCGAGAGGAGCGCACUCGCAGCGUGGAGGACAACGAGACGAGUCUGCCGAGCAUCGCCGCCGCUUACACGACGAUCCUCCGGGGACUCGGGGAGGACCCGCAGCGGCAGGGACUUCUCAAAACUCCGUGGAGAGCCGCAACUGCCAUGCAGUUCUUUACCAAAGGCUACCAAGAAAAGAUCAUCGAUGUCCUGAAUGACGCAAUAUUUGAUGAAGAUCACGACGAGAUGGUGAUUGUGAAGGAUAUUGACAUGUUUUCCAUGUGUGAGCAUCAUUUGGUUCCUAUUUUUGGUCGGGUGCACAUUGGUUAUCUUCCAAACAAGAGGGUUCUUGGUCUAAGUAAACUUGCACGGAUUGUUGAGAUAUACAGCAGAAGACUGCAAGUUCAAGAGCGAUUGACUAAACAGAUUGCCGUGGCGAUCACUGAAGCGCUACAGCCUGCUGGUGUCGGGGUUGUUAUUGAAGCAACUCACAUGUGCAUGGUCAUGAGGGGCGUUCAGAAGAUGAACAGCAAGACGGUGACCAGCACCAUGCUUGGCGUGUUCAGAGAAGACCCCAAGACACGUGAUGAGUUCCUGACCCUGAUCAGAAGCUGAGACGGUCCGUCCUCCCCCUCCACUGCCAAAACACUCGAACCAGCCCUCUUCUCUAAUGCCUCGCUGGACCAUCUCUGGUUCUGCCCCCGGAAAAGACACUGCUGCUGUGUAUCAUAGUGUCCCACCCGUCUGCGGGGCGGUUCCCUCGGUAAAUCCAUCUCUCCUGUUUCAUGUGUGUGUUUAUCUGUGUGUAUGUCUUGUAGGUUUUGUGCUGUGUGGUUCAUUCAAGGUUAUUUUUUGAGGAUGUGGGGGAUGUUUGACACGAGUGGGGUCAUUGGAAAUGUUGUACUUUGAAGGACAUCUUUGAUAAAACAGCACAAUUCGACCUCGCUAAACUGUCAAAUUUGGCAAAACGUGUUUACAUCUCUUUCCUGUCAGGUCACAUUUGGGCACUAUUAAACGCAAUCGAGUUGCCGGUGAUGCAUGAGAAAGGGUUUUAUUUUCACAUGUUUAAAGAGUGACAUAAAAACAUUUACAGGUGAAAUUGACUUCAAAAUUCAAAGUCUUACUUUAAAAUCUGUGCUUUAAUGUAUAAUUCUCACAUUUGUAAUACUUUGGUCAGUUAAUAAUAUUAUUUGAAUGAAUUCAAUAAGCCGUUUCAUGUAUAUUCUUGAUUCGCUUAACUAAUCAAGGUUGAUGUAGGAUAUAGAAAGUAAUUAGUAAUGAGUAACUAAAUACUUUUUCAGAGUAACUUACCCAACUCUGAUCGUGAUAUUCAACAUUUACUCCAAGGAAUUUCAAAGAUGACUAUGGUAUUACCAGAAAAGCAUAGAUUUAACAUUGUACCUUUUCUAAAAUGGUACUUAACUGAUUAACCAAUUUCAAAUGCCGUGCUGAUCUUUUAAUGUAAUUUGUUAUGUGUCCUGUGCAUCAUUCAAUAUUUCUGCCCAGACUCAUAGUAUCAUCUGUUCUACGCUUGAUAAAGCAAAGUGUUCAUUUCAUCAUGUUGUUCAUAGUAUUUACAUACUAACAAUGUGCACCGUUGUUACUUUAAAAUCAGCUGUCAGAAAUGUGUUGGAUGUUGUUCGUUAAAGUGAUGAGCAGAUCCAGCCUUGUAAAUGUUCUGUCUUCGAGUGAUCGAUAUUGUUUGCGCUUUGAAGGUCGUCUUUAUUAUUUGUGGGGUGAAAUGACCAAAGGUGCAGUCAAGGUCAACGCAGUCUGUGAUUUUGCACAUUUGAAGAGUUUUUGCAUUUUAUGCUUGAAUGCCAACUACAUCGAGUAUGUGUAUCGGUAAAUGUGUUCUUUGUAAUUGCAAAUGUGAUUAAAUCAUGACGGAAACCUACCAACUAACGUGAGAUAAGAUUUUACAUUUGUAGAACAUAUUUUGUACAUUUACUUUGAUACGUUUACCCUGUCUGGGUUCUUAUAAUAAGUGUUUGAGCUACAGCAGAAUAUUAACUUUAUAAAUGUAUUAUUUUAGAAAUAGAAAAAAGGUUUUACUUAUACUGUUGUAUUGCCUGUGUAACUAUAUUGUUCUUAUUUUGAAAAGUUCAAUUUUGAUGCGCUUGUAAACUCGGUGUCUGAGAUGUUUCAGUGUCGUGUUCACUUCAUAGCAGUGGAUUGAUUGAGAAAAAGAACUUGAUAUUUCAAACUCUAUAGUGUUAUUCAUGUGGCCUUCUUUAAUGGAAAGACUCGACGAGUCUUUCAAAUAUUUCAGACUUUACAUUUGAUGUAUUGUCAUUUUCAGUUUAAAUAAAUCUCAAGAAAUGUUA